AUGGAUCCGAACAGCCUUGCAUUUCGAAUAGUUGGCGCUAUUGCGUUGUUCUUCAUCGUGCAACUCUUCUACGUCUUCUCAAAGGUGGAAACGCUUGACGACGGAAAAAUGACACUCGAGGCCGAGGUGCACAUGUUGGAAAGAAAACGUGACUCGGUGAGGAUGCGGCUAAACGAUUUGGAAAGAGAGGCCUAUAGAAGCGAGAAAAAGCUGCAACAACUUGAAAUGAAG